AUGAACAAAAAGAAAGCAGUAAGAAGAAACAAGGCUAUCAAAGCAUGUUUGAAUUGUAGAAGAAAGAAACAAAAAUGCGAUCAAGCAAGACCUCAAUGUUAUCAAUGUCGUAUCCGAAAAACAGAGUGUGUUUACUUGGGAGAAAAGGCGGAUAAAAAUAGUAUAUCCAUCCCCAACUCUAUCCUAGAUACAACCCCUUUCGAUAUUAAUCACGUGGGUUCGAAAGACAAUAGUUGUAAAAGUGAGGAAGCAAAUCCUCUAGUAGGAACUAAAUUUAUAUUCCAAAAAGAGGAUAAAUGGCUGGCUUGUGGUGUAACCUCUAUGAGGACAAUAUUUCAUUUGCAUUGCAACAGUAAGAUUAAUGGAUACUUCACAACUCCUUGGAAAAAACUUAAGCAAGAAAGGAAUAUAUGGAAGGCUAAGAAUAAUUACUCUUCUCAGUUUGACUGGUCUUUACUGGGUGAACCAAACAUAUUGAGAAAUGGCGAGUCACUUAUCGAUGCUGUCUGUAGGGUCUUACCUUCUUACGAAGAGGUUGAGAUGCAUUUACAGAAAUACUUUAGCGAUACAAUGCAUAAGACUUUUGAGAUAGUGGAUCCGAAGAAGAUUAUGCAAGAUUUUCGCUCAUAUUUUAUCAAGGGUUUUUUAGACGAAUCUACAGGCUAUCAUUCAAUUAGCACAUUUGUACCAGCCGAUACUAAAAAUUUCUACCGUGUAGUUGUCAUUCUCGAAAUCCUGCGUAUCUCAUUUUAUGUGGAUAUACCCAAGGAGCUGGAUUUUUUUUCUAGAUAUUUAACUUCCUCCGCUUCUGAGAAGGCCUUCAACCUGGAAAAACUCCAGUGUGUCAUGCUAAAAGCUUGUUAUUUGGAUUUCACAGCCUCCACUGGAGGUGACUUUUCCAGAAUGAACAUGCUCAUCCAAAUGGCUUGUUCGAUUGCAAUAAAUCUAGGACUACAUACCGAUAUAGAGGUACCGCUGUGUUCGAAUGAGAAGUUCUACAUUGAGAAUUUAUGGUGGUGGGUUCUUUAUAUGGAUAUACAGGUGUCUUUUAAUAUUGGUGUUCCAUUACAAAUUAGUGAUAUCAGCUCUAGUAGGCUAACAUCUUCUUCAAAUAGGAACAGGCAAGACCGCCUUUUCAAUAAUUCCAUACUCAUGCUCAGAAAAGUUAUGGAAAAGAUAUAUGAUAAGAAUUCUGCUCCAAACAUUAAACUACUUAUAUUGGAAAUCAAGGACUUCAUAUCUAGUAACUUUCAUCCUCUUCCAUUCUAUAUGACGCCCGCAAACUAUACUUUCAUGGAGAGCCUGGAAAUUCAUACUUUGCUAUACCUAUUAACUACAAUAUUAGACUUGUCAAACCUUCAAAGAUAUUACUUCCAUGAGAAUAGCCCUGAAACAUUCAAUACCACAAUACAGAUCUCGUUCACUUCCUUGUAUAUAUCAAUAACCGUCCUUAAAAGCUACUUUAAGAUGGACAUUUCUGCCCCCGGUCAUAAAGCAGUCAUGAACUCCAAAAAACUACCCCCGCAUCUGCAGUUGGGCGCUUGGGCUACUUACCAUUUACUUGGAAGAGUUAUUUACGAAACUUAUGGAUUACUUUUUUCUACUCUCCAGGGUUCAGCAACUGCAUCUUCUCCCCAAGAACUGCACGUGUGUGACUUUUCUAUAGGUUCAUUGAACAUUUCUGGUGAUUAUUUUGUUAGCUUGAAGGCGGUUAGCCAAAUGUUAAACUCGAUAUUUGAUAUGCUAUAUUCAAGUGAUUGUAAAGAACUCUUGAUAGUACUUAAAAGAUCAUAUUGCUUUCUCGUUAUUCUUUCGUUAGAAAAAAUUAGCCGCGCCAUACUCAGAAAUGGAAUUAUGGCUAAAGAGGUAGCCGAAUUUCAGGAAUCCAAAGGAGAAGAUAAGGAUGAAUCUGUACAACAAGAUGACAAAGAAGAAUCCGCUACCAUUAAAGCUUCAGAUCAGGCAACAGGCCUUUUCUGGGAUCAAUAUGACGCUUCUAUAAGUGCAUGGGUUGACAAUGACUUGGAACCAAGUCUCUCAGAAUGGUUCGGAAACUUUAUUGAAUAG